GUGGAAAAGGGACAACGAAGGGAUGUCAGAGCGCGACAGAAUCGACAUUCUUACCACUCUUGUAGAAAUGGCUACAUCACAGAUGAAAGAGAAGAAGAAACAGAAGUAUGAGAGUUUGUUAAAGGAAGCCAAACAGAGAGGAACUUUGAUGGGAACUGUGAAAGGAUUCCUUUCUUUAGGAGCAAAAGAAGCUGAACAGGUGUCUAGUGACGAUGACGAUGACGAUGACGAUGAUAAUGAAGUUGACAUUCCUUACGAUGAUGAUGAUGAUGAUGAUGAUCUCGAUAGUAGCAGUGGUAGCGAAGAGAUUCCAGAGGCUGGUGAGCAAGUGCAACAACUAACAAUUCAGGAAGAAGAUGGCGAAGAGUUAGAAAGUGAGCAGGAACAAGAACCAGAUAGGAUAAAGAUACACGAAGGAACACUCACUAGCGAGGACGUGCAUUGGAACAUCAAGCUAGGGGCUGUACAUCUAGCCUUCCCUCGUGAUGCUGUAUCUGAGCUCACCCUGAUAACGGUCCAUCGAUGGAAACCCACGGUCCUGUCCCCGCCUUUGCAGGAGCACGAGGCUCUCGUCAGCAACGUUAUUGAAAUUUCUUCGAACAGUCACGAAGCUUUCAAAUUUGAAGCUGAGGUUAAGAUGUCAUUCACUCACAGUUCUCCCGGCCUACACGGCUACGAGUUGGUGUUGUACAAACGGAUUGACAACGAGACUGGUACAUGGGAAGAAGUGACCGAUGUGGAAGACUUCAAAACUAUCUCAGAUUUUGAAGAAGAAUAUCAAUCUAGCCAAGAUAUUCCCAAUUUACACUUUCCUAUUGUGCAAGCGGAUAUAACAGAAUGUGCCACAUAUGCUGUUGUGAGUCGUCUCCAUCUUUCCCCUGAAUUCACGAUCACAUCAAAUGGUGGUUCCUUUUUCAUGCCUGAAUAUCCAAGUAUAGGUAUUACUAUCCCGAAAAAGGCUGUUACUUCGAAAACAAGGAUUCCUCUUCGAAUGAAGGUGCAAGAAGUACCAGGUGAAGAGUUUAAGGCUAACGAUAUACUUAUUGGACCUAUACUGCGAAUAGUUUGCGACGAAACGGUUGAGUUCUUGAAGCCCGUUACCAUAACGCUGCCCGUUUCGUUGGGAGACACGCACCAUGACUUUCCUGAUCCAACGGCAUGCCGGGUAAGAAUUUUGUUUCUGAGUUCUGAUGGUGAACAGAAGGAAUGGAAGGAAAUCACCGACGAUUUGAAAAAUCCAGUGACGUUUGACGGGAUGACAGUUAAUUUUCAAGUGGAACGCUUCUCUGGGUACUCGUGUCUUAUUGAUUGGUGUGCAGAGAGCGUCAGUUAUAAAGGCGUUAUCGGAUAUCUAUCGAGCCUUAUUUGGAACCAACCUCAGCUGGCAUGGUUCUUCGCUUACUUCCCUCCCGAAGAACGCCCUGAUUCUCAAGACAUCCUUUUCCUAAUUUGCUGCCCGUCUCAACUUAGAGAAAAGGUGCUGGCUGAAAUUAAGGAUCGAGCUAAUGUGCCUACUCCAAGCGAUUCAAGCAUCAAGAUGAUUCCUGGGCGUGAUAAGGCUUACGUCUCCCUCACAGGAGGGAUCAGAGCGAUUGAAGAAGAUGACAUGGAGGAAUUUCAUCUUCAGUUUAUAAGUGAUGACCUCCAUAAAGCUCAAGUUCCAAUCCGUGUCAUUGAUGAUAAAGGACUUUCAGGGGUGAAGUUUUUCAAAACACCCAAGUUUGAAAAAGGCACUCUGCUAUGUCGAUUGAAUUUUCGAGUAUCGCCUCUCAAGAGAAAGCUGAAGAAAAUAGCAGUGGAGUUUUUUGGCAUUCCUGUCAAUGACGAAAUCUUGUCAAAUCCGCGUCCUGAGCAGGUUCUGGUGAUUGGAAAAAAAUUCGUUGGUUCAGGGGUGUAUGACGAUCUCCUUUCCCGCUUCGACAAAGGCAACAUGAGUCAGAAGCAGACAAUAAAAAGCUUCUAUGAGGCUCUUGCAGGAUUGAACAUCGAGACCCAAGAUGAGUGCUUUGAGGCCCUUGUCAAGGAACUGAACGAAUACAAAGUAUACGGAUUUGUGGUGGAUCGACUUAAGGAAGGUAAAGUUGCUGUUUGCAAAUCAUUGAAGACAAAUGCGGACGUGAAGAAAAUUGUAUCAGAAAAAGUAGAGUAUCAUUGGAAAAACCUGGCAAGAGAGCUGGGGCUUGAAGAUGGAAUAAUUGAUGCGAUAUCUGUGGAACAGCAAGAUAAAUGUGGAGAAUGCUGUUAUCAAGUUCUACAAAGAUGGUACGAAGAGAAUGGCGAAUCAGCUACUAUCAGAAGAGCCAUGGUGGCACUGACUAGAAUAGGAUUAGCGGACAUCAACAACGACAUUGUAGAUUGUCUUAAUUUGAGACGUUAGGAUCAAAUGGAGUUAGACUCAUAGAACUGAUAAAAUUGGAAGAAUUUAGCAUGCAAUUUGUAUCUUCAACGACGUGUCUUUGGACUUCAUUCAAUGCACAAUGUACCUUGGUACACACGAAACGAAACGAGC